GGACAUUCUAAUGAAGAAAGACAGAUCACUUCCCCUUCCUGUUCAGGGCAGGUCGCGGUGCCGGAGCCAGGGCAGUCCCCUCUGCAGAGCCUGAAGCUAACAUGGAUCAGGAAGCUGUGGGCAAUGUCGUCCUGCUGGCCAUCGUCACCCUCAUCAGCGUGGUCCAGAAUGGGUUCUUUGCCCACAAGGUGGAGCAUGAGAGCAAGACGCAGAAUCAGCGGAGCUUCCAGAGGACCGGAACAUUUGCCUUUGAGCGGGUCUACACUGCCAACCAGAACUGUGUAGACGCGUACCCCACUUUCCUCGCCGUGCUCUGGACUGCGGGGCUGCUUUGCAGCCAAGUUCCUGCUGCCUUUGCUGGACUGAUGUACUUGUUUGUGAGGCAAAAGUAUUUUGUCGGCUACCUGGGAGAGAGAACUCAGAGCACCCCUGGCUACAUAUUUGGGAAACGCAUCAUUCUGUUCCUGUUCCUCAUGUCCCUCGCUGGUAUAUUCAACUAUUACCUCAUCCUUUUCUUCGGAAGUGACUUUGAAAACUACAUAAAGGCGAUCACCACCACCAUCUCCCCGCUCCUUCUCAUUCCCUGACUCUCUGCUGGAUGCCGGGCUGGUGCUCUCAUGUAAUCAAUUCCUAGAAGUCAUCGUAACUCAGCCCUUGACAGGGUUCUGCUCCUCUUUAGGUAGCUGUAAAUCUCACGGCCAUCUGGGCUGCACAGCUCGAGUUAACCUUGCUUUUCCGGGAAGAAGAAAAUUUCGUGUUGGCUCCGCCCCCUUGAACGUGGCCACGGCCCCAGUCUUGUUACUCAGAUCUGUUCUGUGUGUUUCUUGACUAUCUUGCUCUCCGAAGACGUUUUGUGACCAGAUUUAUGUUUUCCUAAAAUAAAAUGCAGAGACAUGUUUUAGGCUGA